AUGACGGCCAGUCCGGAGCAGCUGGCUGCGGUGGGUUCCGUUCUGGUGGACCCCCGUCAGGACCUGACCCGCAGGUUCCGUGCUCUCUUCACCCUCAAGAACCUCGGAGGUGCUGAGGCGGUGGAGUGGAUCAGCAAAGCGUUUGCGGAUGACUCGGCGCUGCUCAAACACGAGCUGGCUUACUGUUUGGGGCAAAUGCAGGACACCCGCGCCAUCCCCGUCCUCAGCGACGUGCUCGCCGACACGCGACAGGAUCCCAUGGUACGCCACGAAGCGGGGGAAGCGCUAGGAGCCAUCGGGGAUCCUUCGGUUCUGGACCUGCUCAAGUCCUACAGCCAGGAUCCUGUUGUUGAAGUAGCGGAGACGUGCCAGCUGGCCGUGCGCCGCCUGGAGUGGCUGGCGAGCGGGGGCGCCGACGGGGGCCCGUACGAUUCGGUGGACCCGGCGCCACCCGCGCCCCGCAGCAGCGUGGCCGAGCUGCGCGCCGUCCUGCUGGACGAGAGCCUGCCGCUUUUCCAACGCUACGGGGCCAUGUUCGCUCUGCGUAACCUCGGCGGCAAGGAGGCGGUGCUCGCGCUGGGAGAUGGGCUCCAGUGUUCAGGCGCCUUGUUCCGCCACGAGAUCGGCUACGUGCUGGGCCAGAUGCAGGACCCGGCGGCGGUCCCGGCCCUACGCGCCGUCCUGGAGCGCGGCGGCGACGAGAGCGCCAUGGUGCGACACGAGGCGGCCGAGGCCCUGGGCGCCAUCGGCCGCGACGAGUGUCUGGACGUGCUGCGGCGCUACCGCGACGACGCCCAGCGCGUGGUUAAGGAGAGCUGCGAAGUGGCUUUGGACAUGCUGGACUACCAAAACGGCCCGCAGUUCCAGUACGCCGACACGCUGGUGGCGAUUCAAGGAGAGGCCGCCAGUUAA